AACUCUCUAAAUCUUAAACUCAAUAGGCCUACACGUCCUUGACCUAAAUCUCCACAGAAGAGGACUGUUUUCCAAAACAGAAGUUGAGCUCCGUCGGUCAGAUUUCAGUCUUCUCAUUAACAUUCACUGGUAUAAGGGCAGAAGUGAGAAUCUAUUGCUUGAGCCCGGUGACAGUGACACAUCCCCAUCGGCAGAGAGCCGGCAUUAAAACAAACCUCUAUUGAUCAACAGUGAUGUCGUCACUCAGACAAUGGCAACCCCCAUACAGAUAAACACAGGGUCAUAAACAACACGCAGACCAACAACUGAGGCAAGAAUGUCGUCGUUUUCUCCGGCUUAGUUUACUUUGCCAGCUCAGUUUUAGGUCAGAACAGGGGCGGAACUUACCACAACCCCUUUGAGCACUAUAAUCAGAUGUUGUAACUAUUUCCUUGCCAGACAUUGCAAAAUAACAUAUUUUCUUGCGUUUGGUUGCUGCUCAUCAGCAGGAGAUUAAAUGGCAUUUCUAAAGCAAAAGUGAACUACAAGACAUUGCAUAAUUAGUGGGAGGCAAACAAGGUUGUUCAAACUCAGGAUCUGAAACACAGUUCAACAACCCAAGCGGCAAAGCCACGGACCAAGUUACCAUUUCUGGACAGUUUUUUUCAAGACAACUGGCUGGAAAAUGAAAACAGCACAAACUUUUCUCAGUAUUCUAGCCUUGUAUAUAACAUCUGCACAGGGGAAGGAUGAGGCGUAUGGAUCCGAAUGUGCCGACUUCAACAACAAGACCUGGCUGGAGUAUCGUCAGCAGGGCUCUAAGCUACAGGUGCAGUAUCUGCUGUUCACACGCAAAGACACAGACUGCGCCAGCCUUUUCAGUCAGGAGUCCCUGAACAGAAACACGGACUUCAACUCCUCCCUACCCACCAAGAUCAUUGUCCAUGGAUACAGGGCUCUAGGGAGUAAGCCGUCCUGGGUGAGGGAGCUGGCGCGGGCUCUGCUACAAGCUCAGGAUGCCAAUGUGGUGGUGGUGGACUGGGUCUAUGGGGCUCCUUCGCCUCACAACCUGGUGGUGGAGAAUUACAAGGAGGUGGCCAUCCAAAUCUCCGUACUGAUCAACAGGCUGCAGAACCAUGGAUGCAAACUGGAGUCCUUUCACUUCAUUGGGGUCAGCCUUGGGGCACACGUGUCUGGGUUUGUGGGGACUCUGUUCAAGGGCCAAAUAGGAAGAAUCACAGGUUUGGACCCAGCUGGACCCAUGUUUAAAGGAGCCGACACGUAUGACCGUCUUGACCCUUCCGAUGCGUUGUUCGUUGAGGCCAUCCACACUGACUCUGACUAUUUUGGGAUUUCCAUCCCAGUUGGUCAUGUUGACUUUUUCCUCAACGGUGGGAUGGACCAGCCCGGUUGUGCGCGCUGCCAGAAUCUUCGUAUGUUGUCAGUUCUUGUUUACUUUCCAGUGUACGGCUAUGUGAUCUGUGACCACAUGAGGGCGCUCCAUGUCUACAUAAGUGCAUUGAACGGCACCUGCCCACUGACGGGCAUCUCUUGUUCCAGCUAUGAGGACUUCCUCGAGGGUCACUGUUUAGAUUGCCAGGGUGUCUUCAAAGGCACAUGUCCAAAAAUAGGUUUAAUACAGAACAGCGGCAUAACAGUCAAUCCUCUUCCCCGACAAGAGAAGUUUUUUUCUCCUGACAACCUCAACACCACUUUCUGCGGUGAGUGUAGGCAUAAUCCCAUCCUCAUCCUGGUCCACCUGAAUGUGUCCAUCCUGGACAAGAGUGCUGAGGUGCAGGUGACGCUGAGACGAGAGGACUUCCCGAAACGGCAGCAGAAACUCAGGGCUACGGACAAGAACGAUUACAGGAAAGUGAUGGCCCAUCCAGUGCCGUUAUGUGAGAUAGACUCCAUCCAGGUGAAGAACACUGGAGCACGCUUCUACAGACAGGGAGACAUUCAUUUUGUCUCUGUCUGCAUAUCGGAGUUUCCCUCUGUCAGGGAGGUGGUGCCCUUGUGUGUGAACAACAUAGACGUAAGACGAGGAUCUCCGUGGAACCAUGAUUUUGUGCAUCUGUGUGGGGAUUCCUGAAAACCCUCAUGCAAUAAACAGUCUGUGAACAAACAUCUGCUUCCUUUUCCCGGUCAACAUUCCAGUAGUCUGAAUAGCCUCCACUUGACUACUUUCGUCUUUGUUUAGGCAUCAUGGGAAAUGCUUUGAAAGGUGUUAGUAGUAAAAACCAAGCCUAUUCUGGCCUUUCAGUUAUCAUCAGGUCUAGGAUAUAACAUGGGGACCAACCAACAGCUCCUGUUGGGGACAUACAUGUGAAGACUAUAAUUUGUUAGUGACGGACAGCCUACAGCCAGACCACACUAUUGUUAUUUUGAGUUUUCUAACAGCAUUAGUAAUGCUGUGUAUAACCAUUCCAAUUAAGCUAAAUGUUACUUUAUUCACAGGCACUGUUGACGCCAAAAAAUAAAAGUUAACUGGAAUGUG